AAUAAACUCAAUUCCCUCAAAUAUCUCAUUUCAGCUGAUGUCCGGUCAUUGUCUCUUCCCGGAACAUAUCAUGAAAAGAUAACACAUCUAGGAAAUUCCCUGAAAAAGUUUAUUUGUCUGAAAUCUCUUGACCUUUCACGCAAUGCACUGACUACUUUGGAGGGUCUUCAACAUCUCACAUCCUUAGAAAAGCUCAAUCUCUAUUUCAAUCAUAUCUCCUCAUUGUCAGAAGUAUUUCGACUCCACAGUUUAACAGCUCUCAAGGAUGUGGAUCUCAGGCUGAAUCCUGUAGUUAAAAAUGAAUCCGAUUACCGUCUUUUUGUUAUACACAUGCUACCUAAUCUUAGGCAGUUGGAUGAUCGUCCUGUGAGAGACAGUGAGCGAAAAGCAUCCCUUUUGCAUUUCACUACAGAUGAUGCUUAUAAAUUCAAGAAGCCAUCACUUACAGCAAAACCAAUUGAAAUGGGAAGAUCUCUCCAUCCAAGAGCUGAGUACGUUAACGUCAUGUCAAAAAAGUGCUUGGUGAUGGAUGAAGAUGAUGAAGCACUUCUGAACCUCAUUUCAAAGUGUGAAUGGGACUUACACAAGUCUCCAAGACUAACUGGAUCAUCUAAAACAAGUCCUGAGGUUAAAUUUCAUGAUUUAAACAGUAUUCGCAAAAUGGAAGAGUAUACUGGAAGACACUGGAAAACAGAACAUUCACACCCACGAUUUGUCUUAUUGAAAAAGAAGUGGGAACAACCUUUGCUCAAGGCUGGCUUGUCAGAAAAUAGAAACAUGUUGAGUGCCAGAGAAGCUAAUAAAGAAUACAGAAGUUUACCUAACUCAUCAGUGUUAUCAGUUACCCAUGAUACACUUGGUCAAGGUAAUGAGAAAAGAAAAAUUGGCAUUAGAGUUGCAUUUCUAGAAGAUAACUCAGAAGAGCUGUCCGAACAAGAUCCUAAUUUGAAGUUGUUAGAUGAGGCUGAAGCUAAUGAAAAAAUUACAACAUAUGCUAAUUUUACUCCUCAUCCAGCCCUACCAGGAGUGAGUGAACCCCUUGUUACUUCUGAAAAGGCAGCAGGACAUAAACAGCUAGAACGUGAACCUGAAUUUCAGAUGCUAAGUGGCAAAAGUGUCAUAAAACAAAGGAAAGUACAGAUGGCAAAUAAAGUGUCCUGUGAAGCAGCACCCAUGGAACGCCUGCUAGAUUUGGUUGACAAAUACUGGAAUGGCAGCAAAUCGCUCCAUUGUAAUCAGCAGUUUUUAUCUCAGGCAGAAACUGUUUUGUCUGAAGUUCAGAAAUCUGCACCAACAGAGCACAAGAAAAAUUCUCCUCAAGAUGAUAAAAAACUGACUGAUCUUCUUUUAGAGAAAAAGAGUUUACAAAAGGACCUGUCUCAGCAACAAGAAGAGUACAAUGUCAAGAUUAACAAUCUAAAGUCAGACCUAGAUAAUACUAAGAAGGAGAUGGAAGUACUGAAGCAGCAUUUAGAUAAUCUGUUGAAAGAAAAUGAAGCCUUGAAAGUGCAUAAUUCCAAAACUGAACAGAACAUGCAGAAAGCUGAUACUGCUGCUCCAGCACCAUUACAAACCUCAAAUAUUCAACUCCAAAAAAUAUGUGAUGUUCUUCGGGUUUUUUGCAGAACACUUGUUUCUACCAAUGAGCGUCUUUUAAAAGAAUUGGAUGAGACACGCUUGCGACAUAAGGCUGAAGUAGAACAGUUACAGUGGAACUACAAUCAGCUAAAGAAGACAGUGGAUACACUACCUCCUAGCAACGUGACUAACAACGGGUGUAAGAAAUAGUAAGAAGAGUUUGACAGUAAAGGAUUUAUAAAGGGUGAUUAAUACUUUAGGUUUUUUUAUCAACAUGAAGAAACUGAUUUUAAACACUGUGAUUGAUGCCUCUUGUACUAUAUACUCUUGUAAACAUGGACCCCAUUUUUCAGUAUGAUUGGAAGUAUUAAACUACUGAAUUACUUUAAUAUAGGUUUUAAUGAUGGCAAUUUGUAAGGCUGAGUUUUUGCAAAGCUUGAUACAUUAUUAUACUUAGGAAGUAUGAAUAGGAGAGGGCUGCCUCAAGGCUCUGCAACUCCCUUUCCACAAAGGUUAGACAUGCACCCUCCCUACUUUCUUUUCUGCAGACAAGCAAAGACUUUUCUAUUCCAACAAGCAUUUGAUCAGUAAUAACAUAAGGCCCAUCUUACACAAUGCAUUCGAUAUUGCUAAUUACUGUGCUGGGAUGUGUGUGUUUUAUUAUAUGUUUUAACUUGGUUUUAGUUUUUUUUUCUUGAUUGUUUAAUGCUUUUUUAACUUUGGUAUUUUGUGGAGUUUAAAAAUGUUUUUUUAAUUAUUGCAAGCCACUUUGGCCAGCACUACUUAGAAUCACAAAGUUGGAAGAGACCCAAAGGGCCAUGCAGUCCAACCUCACCCUGCCUGUCAAAGCACUUCUGACAGAUGGCCAUCCCACCUCUGUUUAAGAAGGAAGAUUCCUCCACCGAACUCAAAGGGAGUAGUGUGUUCCAUGCUCCAACAGCUUUUAUUGUCAGGAAAUUCUUCCUAGCGUUUAAGUGGAAUCUCUUUUUCUCUACCAUGAAUCCAUUGUUCUGGGUCCUAGUCUCUGGAGCAACAGAAAAUAAGUUUUCUCCACCUUCCAUAGGACAUCCCUCCAAAUAGUUAAACAUGACUACCAUGUCACCUCUGAACCUUCUCAUGUCAGACUAAACAAAUCCAGCUUCCUACAUCUUUCCCAAAAGGCUUGCUUUCUAGAUCUUUGAUUGUUUAAGUCAUCCUUCUCUGGACCCAUGUCAGCUUGUCAGUAUGCUUCCUGAAUUGUUUUGCUUAGACCUGUACAUCAGAUGAGGCCUAACUAAAGAGAAUAGUACAGUAUAGCAGAAUGGAGACCAUCACCCUUCAAGGCAGUCCAUUCAAGUGCUGAACAUCUUGUACCGAUGCUGAGGUGGAAUCUCCUUUCUUGUAAUAUGAAUCCACUGAUUUGUGCCAGAGGGUGUGCACAGCUGGGGACAAUUCUGCAGUUCUCUUGCAAGCUGCCUUGAGUAUCACUCCAUAGAAAGAUGGCCCAUGCAUCCUCUAAGUCAGCAUGUGUAACCUAUGACCCUUCAGGCACUGCUGGACUCCAACUCCCAUCAGUCCUAGCCAACACAGCCAGUGAUGAGGAAUGCUGGCAGAUACAGUCCGACACCAUCUUCAUGGUCAUACUUCCUUAAGCCAAUGGUCUAAGCAAAGCAUUUUAAGAAAACACAUAGUUCUCAUCUAAGUACAAAAAAUAAAAAUGCAAUUGCUUGAAAUCUAUAUCCAAAAAUUGAUUCUAUUUGUUCCAUGAUCACUGUAAUAAACAAAAGAAAACUUUAAACUCUCCAAAGCAAGUUGCUUUAAAUCCAUAACUGAAGACAUGACAGAUCGAUUCAGAAUUGUCAAUGGGCAGAUUAUUUUUGAGCACAAAGUAAUUUUUGAAGUAAAUAGGGACCUUGGACUGCAUUACAGCAUCAUGGUAACAGCAGCAGCCAAGGAGGAGAUAAGAGGAGCUGGCUGAAAUACCGCUGUAUGGCAGCUUGCAUGUAAAAGGUCUCUCUCAAACACAGAUACACAUACAUACAUGUUAUCACAAUCAUGCACUUCAACAUCCCCCACAGCCAAUUUAGCAUUUAAAUCAUGCUACAGACCAAACCUACUACGCCUUUUAAUUGGAAGUAAGCUCACCGAGUUCAACAGGAAUUAUCCCCAAGCAAGUGUUCCCAUGAUUGCAAUCUAAUUGAUCUUUUCUGUUAUCUGUGAGGGGUGUUCAUAGCAGAGACUAGGAGUAACACACUAAUAAUAAUAAUAAUAAUGUGCCUUUUAAAAAGAAAAGAAAAAGUAGCAGUAGCCGAGAGCAUUUACAGUUAACCAUUUUAGCAACAACAGUGUUAAUGUAUAACAAGAAAGACCUGUGUAUACUUUAGAAGCAUUUUAUUUAAGGAGAUUAGAGGCGCUGGGACCAUUUUUGUAUGCUUUUUGUAAAAAAAAUAAACACACAAAUUACAUUUUU